UUCCCAAAUGAAUAAUGUACUCUACUCUCUUUUCCAGGAGGCUGGGGGUUUAUUUAAUUAUUAAACGUAAGUUGGUACGAAAAAUUCAGCUAAGCGGAAACACAUCGGCGUCUGAGUGGGCCCGGUUCAAACGGCCAAAGCCACUCCUAGCGCCGAUCCGGGCGGGCCCCACAACCAAACCCCCGUAUAACACCCGAGGCCGUCAGCGCCACUGCCCUUCCGCAUCCAAAGUCCACCACUUCCCUCUGCUCCGACCUCGCCGGCGACCCACCCCGCAAUGGUCGACGUCGACCGCCGCCCGUCGCACCCGCACGGCCUCCCGCGCCCGCCUUCCCACGCCGCCGGCCUGCGCCGUCUCUCCACCCGCGCUUCGGCACCCAGCACCCCGCGCACCGCGGCGCCUCCGUCUCCCUCCGCCGCCUCCGCGGGGCCCGCGCCCUCCCCAUCCGCGCUCCUCGCUCACCUCGCCGCGGCUGGUGUGACCGUCCUCCCGGGGCUCUCCGACGCCGAGCUCGCCCUCGCGGAGGCCGCGCUCGGCGGCGUCCAGCUCCCGCCCGACCUCCGCGACCUCCUCGCGCUGGGCCUGCCGUCGGGGGACGGCUUCCCGGACUACCGCUCCCCCGCGGGGCUGCGCCUCCUCCGCUUCGCCGCGCAGGAGGUCCCCGCGGCCGUCGCCUCCACGACGCUGCCCCUCGCCCCGGGCCGGCGGCGCGCGGGGGGACGGGCCGCGCCGCCGCCGCCGCCGCCCCUCGUCCCGCUCUGCGGCCGGCAUUACGUGCCGGCGACGCCCUGCCUCGCGGGCAACCCGGUGUUCCACGUGUCCGACUCCGGCGUGGCGUUCGCGGGCGCCAACGUCGCCGACUUCCUCCUCCGCGCCUUCGCCGCCGAGCCGCCCCCCGGCGCGCCGCUGCGGCGCCAGCUCUCCGCGCCGGUCCCGCCGCCGUCCGCCGCCGCGCCGCCGUCGUCCACGGCGCGCCGGAGCCUGGACUCCGUCACCGGCCGGGCCCCGCGCUGGAUCGAGUUCUGGACCGACGCCGCCGCGGCCGGGGACCGGUUCUUGGAGGUCCCCACGGGCGCCAGCGCCACGAGCGCCGCGGCGGCGCCGGGGUGGCUGCGGUCUAGCCUUGAGGAGGCGGCCUCCAUGCUGACGCGCGGCGGGUGGGGCGUCCGCGAGGUGGAAGAGAUGAUGACUGGAGAAGGUCCCAGCGGCAGCGGCAGCGGCGUCGGCGAGGUGAAUGUGGCGGCGUUGGCGUUGACGGUCGACCGGUGCUGCGGCGACCUGAAGAGGGGAGGCUGGGCCGCGGAGGAGGUGGUGGAGAUGCUGGGGGCGCUGCUGGGGCCGAGGAAGCCGCGGCGGGCGGUGGCAGCGCUGCCGCCGGACGUGGCCGCACGGGUGGGGCGGCUCGCCGAGGCCGUGUCGCGGGCUGUCGGGUCCCAUGCCAAAGUGAAACCUCCGAGGCCAUCUUGAAAAUCGGGGGAGGAAGGCUGGAAAAAGAAUUCUCUGUUUCCAAACUUUUAGUCUAGGACUAGGAAAAAAAAGAAUCUCUGUUUUCCCUGUAUCCGAGUACGUGCGUGUGCGUGUACAUGUACGUGACUAGUAGUCGUGUACAAGUUGUAUGGUUUUGGAGUUUGGUAGACCUGUCAUGUACAUGUUAGAUAUGCUAGGGUGGUGAAUGAAUAAAAUAAAUCUAAGGAAUUUGGGAA